AUGGAGACCGGCGCGUCUGCGGCCAGCGUGCCUGUGCCAGGUGAUCCUUUGGAAGAGUCGGAUCCUUGGGCUGAGGCUCUUGAGGAGCAGCGAGCUCAGCAGGCGGCCACUUCGCCGGCGACUUCGGCAACCGCAGCCGAUGGCGAAGGGGCGGCCACUUUGACGGCGACCUUGGCAACCGCAGCUGAGGGCGCGAGGGCGGCCAGUUUGCCAGCGACUUCGGUGACUGUGACCGAGAAUGUGGCAGCGACUGGUCCUCCACUUCCUACGUGGACUAUGGCGGCGGAUAGAAUGGGCCCGGCCCCGGGUCUUGGACCGAUGUUUGGCACCAUGCCGCCCGGAUGGCCAGCAAUGGGCCCAGACAUGGGGCCUGGAACGGCGACGCCUUGUGCAGCUCAGGGACUACCUGUACCACCUCCUCCUCCCGGCGGGUGGCCUGCUGCAAAUCCAUGGCCUUUUCAAGUACUCCCCCACGGUGUGCCUGGACAACUCCCUGGGCAACUUCCGUGGUGGCCUCACGGAGGGUGGCCUUGGCCUUGGUAUGGCAUGACUCCGCCGGCGACUGCACAGCCGGCACCAGUGAAUGUGAACGGUGCGCCGAGAGCAGAAAGGGAGAGCGUGCCGGUGACUUCGUCGGGAGAUCGGUCGUGGGAGAAGCCAUUCUCGCCUGCCCCUUCUUUGGUGGCCAGCGUGGGAGGAGCAAGCUCUACGAGACGGCCGCCGGUGCAGGCACCACUUGGCCAAGGAGAUCCUGAUAGCGGUGCUCCUGGACUUGAUGGUCACAGUCUCUCUCCGGCCCGGCGAGAAAAGGGAAAGGGCUGGAAUGGUCAGGCUGUGCCGUAUGAGGAGAUGCCUUCCGAUGUGUCCUCCUCGUGCCCUACUUCGGAGCUUCGCAGCAGGCUGCGCAGGAAGAUGAAAGAUGAUGGUCGCCCAAAGUCUUCUAUCUCUUCGGUGCGGCUUGAGGAGUUUUGGGGCGACAAGAGAAAGUACUUGAAGUGGCGUCGAACUGUGGAAGCCCAAGAACGCCUCUACAAGCUGGAGGAGAGCGAGGUGGCUAUGCUGGUGUAUCUCUCCACCAGGGGAGAUGCAAGAGAUGUCCUUGACCAGAGGACCCUGGAGGAGUUUACCUCUGAUGGCGGUGUCCAUGUCAUGUGGACACUUCUGCAGGAGGCCUUCGGCGAGAACGGCGCAGAGAUGUUCGAGAGGGCCGAGAAGGAGUUCAAUGGAUGCCGGCGCACCCCGGGCCAAUCGAUCGCCUCCUACAUCGCCAAUAUGAAGCGGCUUUUGGCUCAGUACAUGAGAUCGGAUCCCGAGUCACAUCUGAGCAACAAGGCCUGGGCACAACGCCUUCUGAAUAGAGCCGGCCUGUCGAGACGAGAGCGACUGGAUGUCUUUUACUCGGCUGGGGGGCGCUAUGAUGCGGGCUCUAUAGAAGCUGCUUUGAGACAUCGUUGUAGUAUGGUGCAUGAAGAGGAGCGACGAGUUCCCGGUCUGAGGUCAGAUGGUGCUUCGACGGUGGCUAGCUUCCGGAGCAAGCUCUCGUCCAGUGGAGCCAGCUCUCUUACCAGGUCCAGCAAGGGCACGGGCAAGAAAAGGAGCCAUGUUCAUGUGGCCGAGCCCCUUGCUGAAGCAAGCCAAGGAGAAGACGAAGAGGACCUGGAAGAGGAGGACGUUGACUUGGAGCACUACCCUGGCGACGGCGAGGACGAGAUGGGCGACUGCACCGAGGAAGCCCACGACGAGGACGACCCUCAUAGCGAAGAUGGCCUAUGCGGGGAAGAUGAUAUCAAGGAGGCUUUCGCUGCAGGAUGGCGGGCCAAGCAGAAGACAAACAACCAGAAGAAAGGUCGAGGAUGGUCGGCCCCGACAACAAGGACACCGUCGAGUUCACCUUCGAAGGGCUUGGCCGAGAAGAAAAGGAACUCACAAUGUGCAUCCUGCGGAAAGAAAGGACACUGGCGAGGAGAUCCGGAAUGCGAAAAUGUCCGAAAUGGCAAGGACCAGUUGCACACCAAGAAGAGCGCCGCCGGGCCCCACGACAUCCACUUUGUGAACUUCACCUGGAUGGAAGGAGCUUACCCUGCGGCUCCCCAGUGCCCAAAGUGCUUUCGGAUACUCCAAGGGCACCCCAAGUUCUGUGGAGAGUGUGGGCACCAGUUGGUGUGCAAGCGCGGCGGCCAGUGGAUCCUGGUCGAUGAGGAGAAUGAGGUGGCAUCGCAAGUUCCCCCUGCUCCUCCUCGACCGAUGCGAGAUGAAAGGCGCUACGAGGUGUCCAAGGGCGCCCUGGGUGCCAAGAAGGACCUCGACAAGAAGGUCCUUGUCAGUGCAAGCGAGGCACUGGCCGCAGUGGGGAAGAUGAGCAAGGAGGAGAAAAGGUCCUUGAAGUAUGCCCUGGCCCAUGACGAGCUGGACCUGCCACCUCCAAUGCCAGAGCCUGACGUUCCCGCCACGUGGGGCCGAUCGGCUGGAAGUCACGAGAACAUACGUGGACCAGAUCAUCGGCAACAACCGGUGGUUCCAAAGCCCUUGCGUGCGCCGAGUCACAAAGACGAAGAAGGACGUGAUAAGCCCACUGCUGUCAGACGGCGCGAGAUGCAGGAGUUCAAGAUGGAGCUCUAUAGGAGGGCUUGCGAAGGCGGCCGGUGUGUUCCUUCCUCGGCUGCUCCAAUCCCUACCACCAAACAAACUCAUUGCCGUCACCCUUAUGAAGAUCUUCUCUGGAUCAGCAAUCAACAUGGCCAUUACGCGAGAUGCAAGACUUGUGACUUGAAAAAUGUUAUCUACUGGAGUCAGCGGCAUGGUGUUUUGGUGGCCGGCCCGGAGCCAAAGGGGAUUCUGGUGGCAAGCUUGCCGGCAGGACAGGCGGUGGCUGACUCGGGAUGUCGCACAGCAGUGGCGGGCACAGACUGGCACUUUAGUUUCCAGGCCGAGCUUCGCCGACGGGGUGUUCGCUUCUACGAGGUGAGGGAGAAUGAGGUGUUCCAGUUUGGUGCAGGAGCCCCGGAACACUCAGAGCGAGCAUUUAUAUACCCGGUUGGUGUGCAUGGUAGCUGGGAGUUGGUGCGCAUGUCAAUGGUUGGAGGAGGGGCUUCCUCUUGCCCUGGGCUUAUAGGACCGUCGGAGCUUUCACGGUGGGGCGCAGUGUUCGACUUUGCAGGGAAGACUUUGACCUUGAAAGGCAGCAGUCGGCCCAUGUUGAUGACCACGACACGGCACCCAGCCAUCGACCUCCUCGAGUUUCCCGACGGCAACCCAUGGGAAGAUCCUUCGGUGAUCCAGACCAAGCGUGUUCUGGAAGAUGCUCCUCAUUCGUUCGCCUUUGUAUCAGCAAUUGACUUGGACGAGAGUCCCGUGACGCAGGCCGGUGCCCUCUCCAGUUCCGAGUCUGAGGAGGUUCUCUCGGAGGCCGAACCCCCACACCACAACAAGCACGACACCAACCCAGAGGAGGAGCAAGGGAUUCGUGACCGCCGAUGGCUGGAACUCUUGGAGAACGACCUGGGCAUCAGAACCAUUGCCGCGCUCCCCGAUGCUGAACACCAUGAUCCGGACGAUCGGGAUGAGGACGAUGUGUCGUCAGAGGAACUCCUCUCGGACAGCGGCGACGACAGCAUCACCAGCCACGAGUUCGGUGUCAUCCACAGCGACAGCGAGCCAGGGGAGGACAGCGCUGAGGAGCUGAUGGCCGAACGUGAUCUCGAGCCACGCAAGCCUGUGUUCUUUCACAAGAACAUGCGCAAACGGAUGUCGCACACCCAGCGGGCUGUCAAGGACAUGGCCCAGAACACAAAGCCGAGCUCUUUCAACGCCUCGCCUGGCCCUGCCUUGACGCCCAAUCGCAGCCCGCGACGUCCUGGCCCAUGGCGUGUGGUCGAAAUCUUCACGUGGACUAUGAUGAUUAGCAUGGUUGCGGCCCAGCGCGGUUGGAUGGUGGGACAGCCCAUCACUCUCCCUCACUUUGACCUUCGCGACAAGGGCGACCAGGCGGCGGCUUUGCAGUAUCUGGACAAUUUCCAGCCCGACUUCCUCGUGGUGGCCUUCCCCUGCACAGCCUGGUCGACACUACAGAACUGGAAUGUUCACACAGCAGAGCAAAGAGAGCGCCUAGCCAGGUGCCGCGCCGAACAACGAGCCAUGCUGGAAUGGGUCAAAAUUGCCGUUUGGCGGCAUCGCGCCCGAGGUGGCGCCGUGCUGGCCGAGAAUCCCCGUACCAGCCUUGCGUGGCGAGAAGAGGUGGUGCAGCAGACUUACGCAGGCCUACCAGCGGAUGUCGUCGACAUGUGCGCUUGGGGACUACAGCGACCGGACGCAGAGGUCGCCACCACUCCUUUGUAUUUGCGCAAAUCUACUUUGCUGCGCGCCCAGCCCGAAAUUCUACGUGCUGCUUGCCGACGCUGCCCUGGCACCCAUCGACACGCACCUUCUUUUGGGGGGGUGAGAGCCCCUAAUGGUCGAUGGGUCAGUGUGGCUGGUUUCGCCGGUGGCUACACCCGAGCUUUUUCUGAGGCUGUGGUCAAGGGAGCGGAAGCAUACCUAGAGGGCAAGAAGCGGACAUACUUUGCGAUGCGGCAGGUGCCUUUGCUGGCGGAAGAAAUUUUCGUGGAGGAUGAUGCCGAGUUCCUGGACGAAGCCCCACAACUACCCGAAGCGCCGGAGCAGAUCACAGAGAACCCACUGGAGAAUCAGGACGUGGAGUGCGACGAGGGGGUCCUUGAUGGUGAUAGACAUCAGAUCGCAGAGAACCCGCUGGAGAAUCAGAACGCGGAGUGCGACGAGGGGGUCCUUGGUGGUGAUAGAUAUCAGAUCGCAGAGAACCCGCUGGAGAAUCAGAACGCGGAGUGCGACGAGGGGGUCCUUGAUGAAGAAACUAGUGUAGCACCAGGUUCUCUUCUAGAGCGACUUCACCUUGUACAUCGUCGUCUGGGUCACCCGAACAAUGAGACCUUGCGUCGCAUGUUGGAGAUGGCCGGGGCAAACAAAGAGCUGCUCGAGAUGGCUGACAGACUGGAGUGUCCUACGUGUCGUUUGAGAGCACCUCCCAAGAGACCAAUGCCGACGAGACCAGAAGCUAGGCCAGUGUGUUUCAACUCAGUGGUACACAUGGACCUCAAGUAUGUGAAGGACAGCAAGAAGGAAACCUUUGUUGCUUUGUCUGUGGUGGACGGAGCAACCUGUUUUCAUGUGGCACGCUUGCUCAGGAACAGGAACUCUGACCAUGUGGGCCGAAAAUUCCUCAAUUGCUGGAUCUCGGUGUUCGGCAUACCUACCAUGGUGGUGCAUGAUCAGGGUGGCGAGUUUGAGGCUGGAUUCGUGGCAGUCCUGGAAAGUCAUGGCAUAGCCUCGAAGGUGACGGGCGCACGUGCUCCCUGGCAAGCUGGACUGGCAGAGCGUCACGGCGGCCUCCUUGGUGUGGCUUGGACCGCGAUCAUUGAGGACAUGCAGGUGGUGGGUCGAAAGGCUAUGAAGACUUCGUUGUCUUGUAGUUUGCAGGCAAAGAAUGCUACCGUUUCUCGAAAGGGCCACUCGGCUUACCACCUGGUUUUUGGUCGUCAAGCUUUCUUUCCGGAGCUGUUGGACGAGGAGACCUGGCAUUCUGCCAGCAUGGGUUUCGCCUUGAGUGUGGAAGGAGAAGUCAGCCGGCAAGCGGAAAUGCGGGCUGCUGCCCGGGUGGCCUUGAUGCGGGGCGACAUUCACGAGAGGCUCAAGAAAGCUUUGCGGAGAGCUCCCGGUGCCACUGAUCGUUCGUUUGCCCCUGGGGAACUGAUAUACUUCUAUUCCCCGCAAGACAGGACAAGGUACUCCAAGACCGGUGGCGCCUGGCGAGGUCCUGCAGUGGUUCUCCUGCCCGAUGGCACAAAUCGCUAUUUCAUUUCUUGGCGAGGCCGUUGUCUUCUCGUGGCGGCGGCAAACAUGAAAGGUGCCUCGGUGGAUGAGACUCAGGAUCAGGAGCUUCGCCUUCGAGAGAGCGAGCUCGACCUGGCAAAGGGCUUCGAAGACAUGACUGAGGACCCUGCUCCUCCUGAAGAGGAGAUGGCCCCUCUAACUGUGGAGGGUCCUGGUCUCCGCUCACGUCGGCCCCCUGGUCAGUUCUCGAGAAAAACCACCGAGACACAGAAGAUGAUGAGGGGCCUGAAGAGCAUCAAGAAAGUGCUGAGGGGCCCGAUGGAUCUCAAGUUUCGGCGACGCCCCCUUCGAGCGCGACUUCGGCAACUUGGAACCAGACCGCAAGGAUCUCAACAAGCUCAAGAUGAUGCAGUGGUGGAACAGGAGCCCAUUGUGAUUCCGGAGGGUCCCGUGGAAAUCCCUGAAGACAACGCGCCUGACUGGAAUCAGGCUCCUCCUAUUCAAGGUGCUCCUGUACCCCCACCGGUGUCUGUGGAAUCCUUGGCUCGGCGCAACAAUUUCCUCGACGACGUCCCUUACCAGAUCCGAGAACAACAGCGAAAGCGCCGCCGGGAACAAGAGCAAGAACCAGAGCAGGACCAAGAGGAUCAAGCUGCUAAGAGAAUGCGUUCUGGAGGUCUUGUGAACUAUGUGUUGGCAGCUGCGUCUGAAGGUGAGCUCCUGGGAGAUGAAGUCCUCCCCAAUGAGUGGCUUCCCAGAAGAGAGGUGCAGCAGCUUGGAGAGUUGCUCGAUCUUCCUUUGACGUCGGCUAGGCUGCACCGAGCCCCACGAAAACGGCUUCAGUAUCCCGGCCGAUUCCGCAACAGGCCCAGAUACACGAUGAUGAUGACAGAGUCGGGACACACUGUAGUGGCACAAGAAGCUGCUCACGCCGUGGCAAGACGACCCCGCAGGAAAACCUCUGCUCUGUGGCGGGGCUUGACCCUCUUUCCCGAGGUGAAGAAGGAGAAGGUUUUCGUUUCGGACGGUGCCAAGGUCUUUGUCACCAAGCCCGCGACUGCCUACCUCAAGGUGCGCUCCUAUGUGUAUGCGGUGAACGUUUGUUCCAAGGAAGUCCUGGAAGCGGCGGGAGCUGACCUGGACGCCGCCACCAUGAACGCUGAAGCCUUCCUGUUGAAGAUGAAAGCCAAUGGAAAGGAAUUGGAUCCGAAACACUUCGAUGAGGCCGAAGGAAAGGCUUUCCGCGAGAGUGACUUGAAGGAGUUGGCCGCCUGGAUGGAAAAUGAUGUGGUGCGUCGUCUUCAUCCACAAGAGGCUGCCAAGGUCCCUCGUGCCCGUGUGUUCCGCGUCCCUGCCCGAGUUGUACGUGUGAACAAGUCUAAGCCGGGGGAUCCGAACUUGAAUGCAAAGAGUCGCAUCGUCAUCCCGGGGCAUGUGGAUCCCGACUUGGGCGCCCUGAGAACGGACUCCCCCACCACUACAUCCACGGCGGUGAGGCUGGCAUUGACUCUAUGUGCCAGCCGGCGGUGGCAAGCUUGGCUGUUCGACGUGUCCACGGCCUUUCUCUCAGGAAAGCAAGUGGGGAGAGAUCUCUACGUGCGACCACCCGGCGAUCUCCCUGGACUUCGGCCGGGUGAGCUAUGGCAACUUUUGCGAUCGGCUUAUGGUUUGGCCGAAGCUCCGAGGCUGUGGUACCAGAGAGCUAAGGAACUCUUGAAAGAGAUCGGCUUUGAGGAGAUUCCGUUUGCACCGUCCACUUUCGUGUACCGCAAGAAGCAGGGUGAAAACGACUGGGUUGUCCUGUCAGUGCUUUGUCUCCACGUGGAUGAUGGCCUCCUAGUGGGAUGCCCCAAACAUGCAGGAAGCCUGAAGGCCGCGAUUGACAAGAGAUUUAACAUCAAGAUGUGGGAGUUGGUUGGCAAGGUUCCUCGAUCCUACCUGGGGCUCCAGCUGGUGUACGUCGACUACGUGUUCACGAACGACAUGACUGACUAUGUCCUUGCGAUCCACCCAGCCGUGAAUGCGGCGAAUCUGGAGGCCCUCCUGGAUGCGAAACAGCUUAAAGAGUUCCGAAGGUUGGUGGCUCAGCUGAGAUGGCCUGCUCAUCUCGUUCUGCCUGAGUUCCUCUACGAUGUGAGCUCUUUGGCCCAGCGGGUUGGAAAAGCUUGUGGACGUGACUUAGAAGAGGCCAAUGGGGUCUUGCGAGAAAUGAAGGCCGCGGCCUCACAAGGGCAAGCUAAGCUGCAUGUCGCUGGUGUAGGCGACCACCCCGUGCUCGUGACCUACUUCGAUGCCUCCCUGGGCAAGUCCGAUGGUGUGGCUCAGCGAGGGGAGGCUCACUUCGUAGGUCAUCCGGACAUGUUUGCUGGACCUGCGACUGCCAACUUGAUUGAGUUCCACUCGAACAAGAUCUCGAGGGUGGUUCGCUCAAGUAUGGCGGCUGAGUGCGCGAGCAUGGCUUCUGCGAGCGACAGACUGUUGUACAACAUGAAGUUGACGGAUGCCAUGUUCUAUGGACGCCUUGAAGUUGAAGGAGAGUGGCGAAGCUAUCUCCGCACGAGAGGGGCCCUUGUGACAGACGCCCGCUCCUUGUACGACCAUGUGCACGGCUCGAGCUUGAUGGCUACUGAGAGACAGCUGACAUUGGAUAUCAUGGGAAUCCGUCAGCAAGUCCAAGAGAAGCUGGUAGAGCUCUACUGGUGCCCUACUUGGAAGCAGAUGGCCGACGGCUUGACCAAGUCAAUGAAGGACGAGCUCUUCCGCCUCUUUCGUAAUCGCCGAGCUCUGAGUGUUGUACAGACCAAAGAGGAUGAGAAGGAAGAG